CCCUCAACCUUAUUUUCACUACUGACUUUUUCAUCUCUCUCAUCUCUCUUCAAUAUACUUAGUACCUAUAAUAACUCAAGAAUCUCAAGUCAUCAUGGGUGCUAAAUCGGGCACCGCCCUCAAGUUCCUGCAAUGGUUCAUUCGAGGCAUUCAAUUCGCUUGCGCCGCUCUCAUCCUUGCCAUCUACUCCUACUUCCUAGCAACUCUCCAUAACCACAACCUCUCAAUCAGCAACAAAAUCCGUGCUGUGGAGGGCAUUUCUGGAAUCGCUGUUCUCUACACUGCCGCUGCUCUGCUCCUCCUCUGCUGCCUUGCCGGCCGCACCCUCUCAUCUUUACUGGCCAUUAUGUUGGAUAUCGCCUUUAUCGGCGCUUUCAUCUACGUUGCUGUCGCCAACAAGGGCGGUGCUAGCAGCUGCACUGGAUAUCUCGACACUCCCUUUGGACGUGGAAAGGCUGGUAAUACCGCCGAGGGAAGCGACGGUUUCACUGCUCUGCCCAGUUACCGUACCGCCUGCAAGCUCCAGUCUGCUUGUCUAGCUGUCUCCAUUGUCGCCAUUAUCUUCUUCAUCUUGUCCAUUCUUGUCGAAGUUGCACUUGCCCGCCACCAUCGCAAGGAGAAGCGCUUUGGUCCUGGUCCCACUAAUGACUACACCUCUGGAUACGGUGCCAAGGGAGGUUUCUUCAGCCGCAUCUUCCGCCGCCGCAAGAACACUGCUGCUGGAAAUGACGAUGCUCUACCCGAGCAUGCUCACCCUGACCAGCUCGACACAUACCGUCAGAGCCAUGCUACCGAUCGCACUGCUGUCAACAACUUCCCUGACGACAACAACGCCUACAACAAGUAUGAAAACAACCCCCUUGGCUACCAGGAGCCAAACCACGGACGCCAAGACGGCUAUGGCCAGAUUCACUACCCGGAGCCCCAGUAUGGCGUCACUCAACCACCUGUUCGCCAGGCUGAGAACCCAAACUACCGCUACGAUGAUGGUGUCUACGAUCGCGCCUAGGUGCAAACUACAAAGUUGGGAAGUACACAAACAGAAAGGAACCAACACAGAUUGAUACCCGGAUGGAUGCUCCAAAAGGAGCAGCCGGUCACUUACGAACAUUCAUGUUUACAUACCAUGAUAAACGACAGGGGUUUGAUAAACCCAUUAAUGAUUAAUAAUAUACAUAUGCAUACAU